UGCGCGAUCGGCUCACCUGGCCACACCUGGUCGACUCAGAGUCAGCUAGUUUCACAGCAAACAGAAACUCGGAAACGCAAAGCAGAACUCAGCUUUGAAAAGAGGAAAGACAACCGAAAAACCGCAAUGCUGGCCAGAAUGGAGCAGCGGGCUCCUCUCCCAGAAAACACCCAAACCAAGAAGGACCCCGCGCCGGGGGGAGAGGUAGCCCUGCCCCCAGCGCUUCAUACCCUCGCCCUGCAGGGACCGGGCGAGAACGAAGGCAGCAGAGCCCACGUGGGGCUCAGCGACGACGCCAAGCUGGCCACCGGCAUCCUCUCCCAGGCGACUCCAGGAGAGGGUGCCGGAGAGAACCCGGAGAGGGAAGUGGAAGAAGUGAAUGAAAUGCCGGAGGUGGCCUCGCAGGUCUUCAGCCCCAGCGUUCAGAUCGUCACGCCCCCGUCCAGCCUGAGGAAGAGGAAGGAGGCGUACGAGAUCGAGGAGGCGCACCCCUUCCUGGUCCCACAGAAGGAGCCCCUGCACGGGCUGUAUGAGGACUGGCCAGAGGGGGGCGACGGCCUGCCGGACCGGAAGCCGGCCGGGUGCUGCCAGGGCCGCUGUGACUGCUGCAGCUACUCCAGCCUCAAGGCCACUGCCUCCCUGUCCGCCGCGCUGCUCAUUGCACCCGUCUUUCUCUACGGGGGGUUUGUCUUCCUCCCGUUUGAUGCGCCCGUCCUCUCGGGAGCCCCCUCGGCUGUCAUCUACACCCUGCGCUGCUCUGUCUUCGCCACCGUGCCCAUCGUGCUGGGCAUCGCGGUGCACGGGAUAGCCCAGCUGUGCUCGUCCUCGCUGGAUCCCUUCGGAGACAGGAAGCAGGAAGUGGAGGUUCACCGGCGCUUCGUCAACCAGUCGGUCAGCCUGCUGGCCCUGUUUGUCCUCAAUCUGGCCGUGCUGUCCACCUACCUGGACAGCAGGACGCUGAAGCUGGUGCCCCUGCUAAGCGGGCUCUUCGGCCUGGCGAGGUUAAUCUACUGGCUGGCGUUUGCCGUCAGUAGUCAUUUCCGUAGCUUUGGGUUCGGCCUCACCUACUUUCCUAUCGUGGCGAUGCUGGGGGCAAACAUCUUCUUCAUGUUCGUCCAGCAGGGGGUGAGCUUGUUCGCUACUGAGGCCAUAACCACGACCCCCUCGCCCCCCAAACAGAGAUUCUGGGGCUGAGGAGCCAGCACCCAGACCGCAGACCUCGUCGGACCAUUCGAAACGCUGCAAGGAAGGAGGCAAAGAUCCGGGGGCAAACGUUUCAACUGGGCGCUGAAUUGAGCAUUUCAGUUUCUCUUAGGAUUUCUAAGCACAGAGCUUGUUUUAUUUUUCACAAAAUGGCAUAAUAAACCCCUCGCCUUGAACCCCACGAACCCUGUCGAUCGCAACACGCUCCUCCGCUUUCUGUUUCAGUCGUUUCUGACCAGCUGAGAUUGAGGGGGCGGAGCUGCCCAGAGCCAGUAAGAAAGCGUUAGGUGUGAUUGACACGCCCGUUUCAUUCGAUUUUUCCCUCUGGAGAUCUCCGGAUGGAUUUGAUCAGAAGCAAAGAAUAAUUUUUUUUGUGUGUUUUAUUUUUAUUUCGUUAAUAUCUAUAAACG